AUGCCACCAUGGGCGCUGGCCUUGGGUAUGCCAUUGCUGCAUGAAGCAUACAAUGGGAUAGCUGCGGAAGCUAAAUUCGGUUCAACUACAUGGAAGAAAUUUGUGGCAAUCGAGGGCGAUAGUGCUUUCGGAUUCAGCGGCAUGGAUGUCGAAACAAUGGCACGGUUUCAAAUGGACGUUUUGAUCUUCGUCAUCAACAAUGGUGGUAUCUACUUCGGCGGCUCCAACUCGGCCAAGGACUGGCUCCAGCGACAAGCGAUGACUGUGUGUGGUGCAAGUGGUCCAGGAGUACUUCGAAGCUGGGCACUAGACUGGGAAGUCUGGUAUGAGAAGAUCGCAGAAGCAUGCGGCGGCAAGGGGUUCCUCUUACGGACGCCCGAGGAGUUGCGCAAGGCUCCGAUCGAGGGAUUUCACGCAAAGGCUCCCUGCAUCGUGAAUGUCAUUAUUCAAAGUGGUAAGGUAGGAAAGCCCAACUUUAGUUGGCAAUCAAGCUCAAGGAAGAAAGAAAAUUCUCAACGGUCAUCAAAAAGAACCUCGAAGUUUUGA